UCUUGGUCAAUUGAUUAUUGAUGCCCAUAAGGAACCUUCAACUUCUUUGAUUGAUCAUCAUCACUUGUAUUUUUGUUCUACUUCCAUCCCUAUCUUUCAAUGCACUCUCCUAUAAAAGCCAGCCUAAGUAUCCCCUCAAAUUCACAUCUUCUGACAAUGGAAAUGUACAAGUAUUUCCUACUUGCUCUCUCUUUGGCGUUGGUCUUCGGGCUCGGGGAGAGUUUCGAGUUCCACGAAAAGGAAUUGGAGAGCGAGGAGAGCUUGUGGGAUUUGUACGAGAGGUGGAGGAGCCAUCACACGGUGUCUAGGGACCUCGACGAGAAGCACAAGAGGUUCAAUGUGUUCAAGAACAACGUGAACUAUGUUCACAACUUCAACAAGAAGGACAAGCCUUACAAACUGAAGUUGAACAAGUUUGCAGACAUGACUAACCAUGAGUUCAAGAGUGUCUUCGCUGGGUCCAAGAUUAAACACCACAGGACGCUCCAAGGGAGCUCCCGUGGUAGUGGGAGUUUCAUGUACGAGAAUGUAGGUGUAGUCCCUCCAUCCGUCGAUUGGAGGAAGAAAGGCGCUGUCACCGCUGUGAAGGAUCAAGGACAAUGCGGUAGUUGCUGGGCGUUUUCGACGGUUGUGGCUGUUGAAGGAAUAAACCAAAUCAAAACAAAGAAGCUGGUUUCUUUAUCCGAGCAAGAGCUGGUUGACUGUGACACCAAAGAAAACCAAGGUUGCAAUGGAGGCCUAAUGGAGUUGGCUUUCGAGUUCGUUAAGCAGAGGGGUGGCCUAGCAAGAGAGGAUGAUUACCCUUACAAUGCUGCAGAUGGAAGUUGUGAUGCUUCAAAGGCUAAUUCCCCAGCCGUUUCAAUUGAUGGGCAUGAGGUGGUUCCUGUUAACAAUGAGGAUGCCCUGCUGAAAGCCGCAGCCAAUCAACCUAUUUCUGUUGCUAUCGACGCUGGGGGUUCUGAUUUCCAGUUCUACUCUGAGGGUGUAUAUAGUGGAGCUUGUGGGACAGAGUUGGACCAUGGAGUGGCAAUAGUGGGGUAUGGAACAACAGUAGAUGGGACCAAAUACUGGAUUGUGAAGAACUCAUGGGGGGCAGAAUGGGGAGAAAAAGGAUAUAUCAGAAUGGAAAGAGGAAUCUCUGCUAAAGAAGGAACUUGUGGUAUAGCAAUGGAGGCUUCAUAUCCAAUCAAGUCCUCUUCUGAUAACCCUACACUUCCAAUCUCCUACAAGGAUGAGCUCUGAUUAUAAAGCCUCUGAGAAAACACACAAUUGAGCUAAUAUAAUGCUCUGUUUAAGUUUGCAUUACUAUGUUAAUGCUGAUGUAAUCCUCUCAUAAACACAUCAAAUUUGUCUUGACAAGUUUGAUGCUGGUGACAUGUUAUCAGUAAUAAGCUGUGUUUGAAGCUCAAAAGAUGAAAUAAGAUGUUUCUUUCUUGUA